AUGUUGCCCCUUUGUAAAAAACCCGAUCAUCGCUCUGGUCUGUUCAACUGCUCCGUUCCACUGCUCAUUCAACUGCUCCGUUCAACUGCUCAUUCAACUGCUCCGUUCAACUGCUCCGUUCCACUGCUCAUUCAACUGCUCCGUUCAACUGCUCUGUUCAACUGCUCCGUUCAACUGCUCCGUUCAACUGCUCAUUCAACUGCUCCGUUCAACUGCUCCGUUCCACUGCUCAUUCAACUGCUCCGUUCAACUGCUCAUUCAACUGCUCCGUUCAACUGCUCCGUUCCACUGCUCAUUCAACUGCUCCGUUCAACUGCUCUGUUCAACUGCUCCGUUCAACUGCUCCGUUCAACUGCUCAUUCAACUGCUCCGUUCAACUGCUCCGUUCCACUGCUCAUUCAACUGCUCCGUUCAACUGCUCUGUUCAACUGCUCUGUUCAACUGCUCCGUUCAACUGCUCUGCUCAACUGCACUGUUCAAGUGGUCACUUGCUCGGCCACCUACAUCAUGGUUGAUCGAAGUCUGUUGCAAGUUCGCUGA